AUGCUCCGACGCUACACUCGCCCCGCCGUCUCCGCGGCCGCCCGCCCCUUCUCGGCCGCGCCAGCGGCGGAUGGGGUGGCCUCUACCUCUGCCGGCCAAAAACGCAGUGGCGGGAACACUCUCGGGAAGCAGCUCCUGAGCCUGGUGUACGCGAAGCGCAGCGCCAUCGUCACUAUCCGGCAGUGGAAGGAGAAAGGGAACCAGGUGCGGAAGUACGAGCUCAACCGAAUCGUUAGGGAGCUCCGCAAACUCAGGCGCUACAAGCACGCCCUCGAGAUAUGUGAAUGGAUGACUUUAGAACAAGAUAUCAAGUUGUUACCUGGUGAUUACGCUGUCCACUUGGACUUAAUCGCGAAAGUCCGAGGUUUAAACAGCGCAGAGAAGUUCUUUGAAGAUAUGCCUGCUGAAAUGAGAGGCCAACUGACCUGCUCAGCACUUCUCCACUGUUAUGCCCAGAACAAACUCUCUGAAAAGGCGGAGGCUUUGGUGGAGAAAAUGAAAGAAUGCGAUAUGCUGAAGGAUCCUCUUCCCUUCAACCACAUGCUCUCGUUGUACAUUGCUUGUGGGCAACUCGAGAAGGUUCCUAGUGCAAUUGAAGAGCUUAAGAAGAACACCAAACCUGAUGCUGUCACUUACAAUCUUUGGCUAACGGUUUGCAGCACGAACAAUGAUGUUGAGACUGCGGAAAAGGUCUUCCUCGAGCUGAAGAAGGCGAGAGUAAUUCCCGACUGGGUAACAUACAGCAUUCUAACCAACCUGUACGUAAAAAAGGGACUGUCCGAGAAGGCAGGUACAACUUUAAAGGAGAUGGAGAAGAGGAUUUCACGCAAAACUCGAGUUGCUUACUCUUCUCUUAUCAGCUUGUACACAAACAUGGGAGAUAAGGAUGGGGCCCGUCGGAUAUGGAGGAAGAUGAAAUCAUGCUUCAGGAAAAUGAAUGAUGCUGAAUAUACUUGCAUGAUAUCUUCGCUCGUGAAACUUGGGGAGAUUGAAGAAGCUGAGAAGUUUUAUACUGAGUGGGAGUCAGGUUCUAAUACUGGCGACCCUCGGGUUGCUAACUUACUUAUCGCUGCUUACAUAAACAAUAACCAAAUUGAGAAAGCAGAGACCUUUUGUGAUCGGGCCAUUCAGAAGGGUGUCGAUCCAUGUUACACUACUUGGGAGCUCUUUACAUGGGGCAGUCUAAAAGGUGAUCAUAUGGAUAAAGCUUUGGAGUAUCUGAAAAAGGCCAUUGCAAGUGUUAAAGAGUGGAAAUUCGACAAGAAAUUAAUUGGAAAAAUGCUGGAGAAAUUUGAGGAGCAAGGUAAUGUAGAGGGCGUGGAGGAAUUGUUGGCUGUGAUCAGGAAAGCCGGGAAGUUGAAUGCUGAGGUCUAUAAUGCGCUUCUCAGAACCUAUGCCAAAGCAGGUAAAAUGCCACUCAUCAUCGCUGAGCGGAUGGAGAAAGAUGGAGUGCACUUGAAUGAAGAGACCCAUGAGCUUAUAAAGAAGACGAGCAAUAUGUGUGUGAGCGAAGCUUCAUGCAGAUUUUCUUAAAUCAGGAUAAGGCUUAAUCAUGAGACGAGUGAAUGACCAAUCGCUAGAUGGUCCUUGUAGAAUCUUUGAACACUCUGCUUCACUAGUGAUUUUCACCUAGAAGCAGGAGUGAUUCAGUGCAUCUUUGCAACAAUAGGCUUGCCGAACUCAUGCUAAGGAGGUAAGCACUUGCGAUGUAAGUUCAACAUAACAGGUUCAGCUUGAGAAAAAGGAAUCCUUUGGCAGACUAGUUUAUUGUCCUCUGCACACGGAUAUGUAACUUAUGAGAAUUAGGGAUUGCAUACAGUCGUUGUCACAGAUAGAGCCUGUCAUUGGUAGUUGGUGUUUGGAAUGUAAGCUUUUAUCCUGUAUUCAAGUUUUGAACUGCAUGACGGAGACCUUACAUAGCCAGUCAUUUACAGCAUGUGUUGACACAACUUUAGUUCCGGAAACAAGUAAUGCUUUCUAUCUUUCGUAUCGA